GAAGCUGGCGCUGAAAACUGGGGCAGAGAAGGCUGCCAGACGCUCGCGUCAAACAGCGUCCACACCAAAUGCCUGUGCAGCAGGAUAUCCACCUACGCCGUGUUAGCGCAGCAAGCUAAAGACCAGGACAUGGGUCCUACCAGCAUGCCCUCUGUGCCCCUCAUGGUGGGGUGUGGGGUCUCCUGCACCGCUCUGCUCAUCCUGCUGCUAAUCUACGCUGCCUUCUGGAGGUAUAUCCGAUCGGAGAGAUCAAUCAUCUUGGUGAAUUUCUGCCUCUCCAUCCUGGCCUCCAACUUAUUGAUUUUGGUUGGACAAUCUCAAACGCUCAGCAAGGGCAUCUGUACGGUGACCGCGGCCUUCCUGCAUUUCUUCUUCUUGGCUUCUUUCUGCUGGGUGCUAACUGAGGCGUGGCAGUCCUACCUGGCUGUUAUUGGCAAAACCCGCUCACGACUCAUUCGCAAGAGAUUCCUGUGCCUCGGCUGGGGUCUCCCAGCCCUCGUCGUUGCAGUGUCGGUGGGUUUCACCAGAGCAAGAGGGUACGGCACAGCUAGCUACUGCUGGUUAUCUCUGGAGGGCGGCCUGCUUUACGCCUUCGUUGGUCCUGCUGCUGUCAUUGUGUUGGUGAACAUGCUCAUUGGGAUCGUGGUGUUUAAUAAGCUCAUGUCUCGAGACGGCAUCUCGGACAAGUCUAAAAAGCAGCGAGCAGGUGUCCCGGCGGAGGCGCGUAGCCGACUGCUCCUGAAAUGCUCCAAGUGUGGCGUGAUCUCGAGCACCGCCAUGUCCAGCUCGACUGCCAGCAGCGCCAUGGCGUCUCUGUGGAGCUCCUGUGUGGUUCUUCCCCUGUUAGCGCUGACCUGGAUGUCAGCGGUGCUGGCCAUAACUGACCGCCGAUCCACACUCUUCCAGGUCCUCUUUGCCGUCUUCGACUCUGUCCAAGGUUUUGUCAUCAUCACCGUCCAUUGCGCCAUGCGCCGAGAGGUGCAAGAUGCGGUGCGUUGUCGAAUGGGGGGAUGCAAAGACGACAGCGAAAACUCCCCAGACUCCUGCAAGAAUGGACAGGUGCAGAUCAUGAAGUGUGCUAGUGCGGGCGCCUGUUUGCAGCAGCACGGCUUUCGUCACAACACACCCAUGUGCCUGCCAGGCUACACGCAGCCUCUCCCACCAAUGUGCCACCAGACAAACCAGCAAGCCUGCUGCCACAGUCUGCCCCGGGCCGACCGCAGCUACGGGCUAGACCAAAGCCUCUCACAUGAGCACAUACCCAUACUCAACCAUACUCAGAACCACGUCCACAAUCACAUCAGCAACCGACCAACGGAUUUUGAGAAGGAUGUGGACUUGGCUUGUCAAACAGUCAUUUUCAAAGAGGUCAACUCCUGUAACCCAGCCACCAUCACUGGAACGCUCUCUCGAAUAUCGCUGGAUGACGAGGACGAUCCGAAACUCGCUGCCCAUCAGGAGGGGGGAGUUGGGGUCAACUUUAGCUCCCUCCCUGGAAACAUCCCACCCCCAAACCUCAUUGUACAGGUUCCGACCCUAAGUGGCCUCAAUGAGCUGAGUGAGACCCCCGUAAAGAAGGACGUGAACAUGGACCAGCAGAGACAGCAGGGGCAGCGCAGCGCUCCGAUAUACCUGUGCACCGAGAGUGGCCUGGGCUGGGCUCGACCGCCUGCCUCCUCCAACAACUCCCAGGACGGAAGUGCGGGAAGCGGAGGAAGUGGGUGUGGAGGAGGAGGCAGUAGUGGAGGAGGGGAGGGAGACUACAUGGUCUUACCUCGAAGGACAGUUAGUCUCAAACCUCCAGGAACCUCCUCACAAGGAGGAGGCUUGGGACUCGGGGGCGAGGACAAGCCGCUAAACAUCGCAGUGGAAGAUCCUCCGUUCCCUCCGCCUCCCUCUCCUCUGACCCUCCACCCCGCUGAGAGCGAGGCUUACCCGGCGGAUUUUGUUCCGUCGAGCGUGGGCGACAUGAACAUCACCAUGAACCUCAACCGCUCCUACGGGACGAUCAAAACCAUGCCCCAUGGGCAUGGCCACUUGAUGGCCCAGGGUGGCCUCGUGCACUCCCACGGAGGACACAUGCAUUCCCACGGGCAUUCUCUCCACCUGAAGCAGGGACAGAGGCCGUCGGUCAGACAGAUUCUCACAGGGGGAUCUACGGUGGAGAGAACCAGAACCCUGCCGCGCAAUCUGGGCAGCACCAAUGCCAACACCGGUGUCUCAGCAGGAUCUCUGGAGAGGAAAAGAGUACGGUACUCUGAGCUGGACUUCGAGAAAGUGAUGCACACUCGCAAAAGACAUUCUGAGUUGUACCAUGAGCUCAACCACUCGUCCAAGUUCCACACCAUAGACAGGUAUAACAGGGACCCAGCCAUGUCCACAUUC